ACAAACUCCCAUUUUCACUCUUCCUUUGCUUAGUCACACAUUUUCUCCAGCUAGUCAAAAGACUCACUCUCCAAAGUAAUACUCCUUCUUCUUUCCCUUUUCUCUCUUUUCUUGAAAAUGCUAGAAUGUAGUAGUACAUGAUUUUCAAGAUUUGUUAAACAUUUCUUGAAUGUGUAUUCAAGAAAAUUUUAAAAAGUUGUAGUAGUAAUCUUUUCUUGAAAAUGUUACUCUUGGGUCCUAAAUACUUGUCAUCCUUAUCGUCUAGUUAAUGUUUUUAUCAAGGGGUGUGCAAAAUAAAACAUGACAAGUAUUUAGUAACGGAGGGAGUAGAAUGAAGAGACAAUUUUCAAGAUUUGUUAAUGUAUAUUCAUGAAAAUGGAAACAUGGCUUAUUUUGGGAUUUGCUUUGUUGGUCUUCUUGCAAUGGUGUCAACUGUUUAUGGGUAUGGUGGAGGAGGUUGGAUUAAUGCUCAUGCUACUUUCUAUGGGGGUGGUGAUGCCUCUGGAACAAUGGGUGGGGCAUGUGGAUAUGGGAAUCUUUAUAGUCAAGGAUAUGGAACAAACACAGCAGCUUUAAGCACAGCUAUGUUCAACAAUGGGUUGAGUUGUGGUUCUUGUUUUGAGUUAAGGUGUGUGAAUGAUGGGCAAGGGUGCUUGCCUGGUUCUAUUGUGGUAACAGCUACCAACUUUUGCCCACCAAACAAUGCCCUCCCUAAUAAUGCAGGGGGUUGGUGUAAUCCUCCACUUCACCACUUUGACCUUUCUCAGCCUAUUUUCCAACACAUUGCUCAUUACAAAGCUGGAAUUGUCCCUGUUGCUUAUAGAAGGGUACCCUGCAGAAGAAGGGGAGGAAUCAGGUUCACAAUCAAUGGUCAUUCAUACUUCAACUUAGUACUAGUCACAAAUGUUGGGGGUAGUGGUGAUGUUCAUACUGUGGCUGUUAAAGGAUCGAGAACUGGUUGGCAACCAAUGUCAAGAAACUGGGGACAAAACUGGCAAAACAACAACUACCUUAAUGGCCAAACCCUCUCAUUUAAGGUUACUACAGGUGAUGGUAGAAGUUUGAUCUCAUACAAUGUUGCUCCUGCUCAUUGGUCAUUUGGACAGACAUAUACUGGUGCUCAAUUCCACUAAAGGCAUUUAGUAGUUUAGUUAAAUUGGGUAUCAUUACUAGUAUUAUUAUUAUUAUGUAUACUGAAUUGGUCACUAGUAUUAUAUUGUGACACUAUUAGUAUUUAGUAUAGUUGUAUUUUGGUGGUCAAGGUGUGGACUUUUAGGGUGAAAAAUGAAAAGGGCAUAUUUUAAAAUUGUCCUUUUUUUUCAUUGUUGUUUGAAUUAAGGGUACCCUUUACUACUUUUGGGACCCUAAUUCUUAAGGCCACACUUUGGGUUUUUUGGGGGUUUAUUUUGGUAAUUUUUCCUUCUGUGAAGGGCAGAAGAGGAAAGCAGUGGUGGACUUUUACCACCCGCAGUUGGUAGGGGCAUGUUUGGCAGCCUCUUAUUUUUAUCUUUUUUGGCUUCAGCCUAUAGCUGGAGAUGGAAUUUGUGUGAGGGCUAAAGUGUAAAGAUCCAUUUUAACUAGUAAUGAUUCAAGAAGAUUAUGCUUAUUAUGUAU